AUGCCGCACACAGGACAUCACGGAUGGCGCGAAAAUAUUUUUGUUGGCUCCUCGUCCGUGGCCCGAUCAAAAAGCAGUGCAAUCACAUUGACCACGACACAUCUUCGCCAGGUCAAUAUGUUAAGGUCACUCUCAAUCUUCACCUCCUUGGCGCUUUCAACCCUCGCGGCCAGCACGAACCUGACCAUCUCGUUCAACACGCCUGGAGAUGCCGGCUGUGGAGCGAAGGACUCGAGUAAUGCCUUGACAUUCACGACAGGCUCCAUACCUCCGUCACGCCAGUGCUUCAACAUCGAGGAGCUCUUCAGAGGCAACGAAAGCCAAAGCCAAGGAUCCCGCAUCGAGCAUUCAGCAGGGUCGUCUGAGCCAUACGAGGCCAUUUUGUGGGUUGUGUAUAAGGCCAACCAGUUUAGACCAGGCUUGAAUUACUCCCAGAUAUCCUACCUGCAGCGCAACACAUCGUCUCCGGAAGAGGGCAAAGAUGCCGCCCGCUUGUUCGAGGUGUACAGCGGCCGCGACUGCAUAGCGUCAGACUCCUCCGACGGGAGUGUUCAUCCGUGGUUUGGUUGGACAUGCCAAGGCCCGAUUGAUGGGUCUUGCUCUACCGUGCCGUACAGCGUGGCCAGCUUCCAGGUCGGGUCGGCAUGGGAGAUCAACUCGCGCGGAGGAGGGCAGUGCUGGGACGCGGCUCUCAAGGGUGCGGCGGCCGGAAGAGACAGGGUUGCUGUCAAUGCUGCCAUCGUGGCUAUAUUGGCGGCUGCGAUUACUUCACUGUUGUUGUAG